CACAGCUGGACUUUUUUCCCCUUCGUCUUUUUCUACCACGUGUAUAUUAUUCGCAGUUUAAACAUCCUGCAGUUGCCACUAAUAUUAUAAGCCGCCUUUCAUUGUCACUCGUUUAUUUAUUCGUUUAAGAAGAUGCGGCUACCGCUGGGUUUGCUGGUCGUGUGCUCCGUGAGUGGAAUAGCAGAGACGGUCUACAUGUACAAGAAAGGAGGCGUAGCUGUGCUGUCACCAGGCCCCGUUUCCGGUCCCAUCACCAGCGUCACAUGGAAACACGGCGCGGACAUCGCUGUGGAGUGGUACGGAGAGCAACUGGACGAGUACAGAGACUUCAGAGGUCGCUGUGAGGUGAACCUCACCACUGGAGCUCUGAUGAUCUCAAACCUGAGUGUGAAGGACAGCGGCAGCUACACAGCAGUGAUUAACAACAGAGUCAUGGAAACGACUGAAAUCAAAGUCAUCACCGCCGUCCCCAAACCCACCAUCUCCACACACUGCAACCCUGAGGUGACUCAGUGCACUCUCACCUGUAACGCUAACAUACCUGAAACUGCAGGAUCCGUCACCUACUCCUGGAUGAUGGGCGACAUGGUGAAACCUCCUGCAACGAAGCAGCUCGACAUAACAAAGGACGAUACAGAGUCUGUUGGAAAACUGAUCAGCUGUCAGUUGGAAAAUCCAGUCAGCAGUGAACGCAGUGAUGACAUCAUGAGCCCGUUCACAAACGGGAGUUUAGGGGGCGUGAACACAGCAGCAGUGAUUGUGUUCAUUGUGUUCACUGUGUUGGUUGUGUUGGUUGCCCUCAUAACCCUGGCUGACUACUUGAUUUGGCGCAGAAAAAAUGUGAAAAUGCAGGUUGUUGUCAGUACUUGGCCUCGUUGAACACAAGGCGUUGGCUAAAUUGUGGGAGAACAGAGGAGGACAGCAGGAGG